AUGCAGAGAUCCAAAUUAUCACCCACAUCGUCCUCCACUAAUCACAACAUACGAUUGAGUCAUACCUCGACAAAGAAAACUGCUUCGGAAAAGAAAUCUGUGUUGUAUCGACCAACCUCAACUACACCCAAGAAAAAGAAAGAAUGGGAUAGCACUAUUUCUAAUUUGAAUGUUUACAAAUUAUCGAAACAAGAAAUGGAGGCAAAAAAGAAGUCACGCAUUUCUAAAAAUCAAGAGUAUUUCAAGAAUCAUAGUCCCGAAUCAUAUCACCCAAUAAGGCUCUUGAAUUAUGAGGAAAGACCAUGUUCAGCUCCUCCAACAAGGAACAAACCUCUAACUACACCAACAAAACAAUCUUCUAACUUUAAGGCUCCAAGAACAGUUCCUGUAUCUACAAAAUCGAAAUCAUUUUCAAAAAGCUCAAAGUUACCCUCUAAUAACACUCUUCCGUCCUUUAACAUUGACCUCAACAAUACUCAGUUCUUGAACCCUUCUAAAUUUAAGCAGCACAUGGAAUUUCCCCAACUUGACUUACUUCCUUUAACCUCGCGAAUUCUUCAACAAGAAAAUUCUGAAACCUCCAGCGAAAGUGACAAAGAUAAAAGCUUGACAAAUGUCGGUGAUAUCUUUCAAGAAGACGAUUUUCACAGGUUUGGGGAAUGGAGCAGUAACCUUCAAGGAGAAGGUCAGGUUCAAACGUCAAAUGGUGGAUUAGUCUUUGAUGCCACCAGUAAUAGGGUGUCUGAUAUUGAUUUUAUUAAGAACGAACUUCUGGAUCUAAGAUCAAAUAUGAUGUUUAAAAUAGACAGUGGAUCCAGAGUUUUCGAGACCUUACUUGAGGAAAAAACCAAAAAGGAAUGCGAAUUAGAGGAGAAAGCUAAAUAUCUUGAACAAGAACUUGAUCAAUCUCGUCGUUCCUAUGAAGAGCUUGAUUUAAGAUUUUCUCUGUAUCGAAAGGACAGCGAAGAACGAACGUUAUCUCUGCUGCAAAGAAUUGAUGAGCUUGAAAGAGAGAUGGCCUCAAAAAGCAACGGUUUGUCAUCAAGUUCUGAUCCCUCUCUUAGUAUGGACCAUCAUGGUGAUCCUGCAAGUGAUUACGUAAUCAAUGGAAGGAAGGUUCUUAAAACCAUUGAUGAUUCUUUAAUGGUAACUACUCCAAAGAAUAAUCAAAUGACUCCUCCCCUGCCCGUCCUGCAAUUUGAUACGAAACCUUUUUGCAAAAAAACCUCUCCCACACAACAAAACAACAAUCGCUUCUCUGACGAUAAUAAGGAGAAUAUUGAAAUUGUGAAAAAUGGAGAAGAAUGUUCACCUUUUUCAACGUACAGAUAUCCUGUGCAAUUCAAUGAUAACACCAUUGAAAUUCAUAGACCAUUAAUAAUUGGGAGAGACUUUUCGAACACAAUUCAAAGAAAUCAACUCCCUUCAAGGCAAAACAAGGAUUUUUCACCUCCAUCCUCAACGGGAAGUAACAACGUGCAAGCGGUUCUUUCAAACAAAGUGAAGAAAUUCAAUAUUCGUGAAAAACAUUAA